CAAGGCCCUUCGCGUCACUGCUGCUUCGGCGUUCGUGUACGCGCCCGCGCGCGAGGCCGGCCUGCAGGAAGCCAGUGCGCAUAUAUAACAUGGACACCGUGGCGGCGGCGACCUCGGGACGGCGGUGGCUGCCGUGGGCGCGGCGGCAGGCGGCGGCGUACCUGGCGGCGGCCGGGGGAGGCGACGACGGGUGGGCGGCGUGCGCGGCGUCGGCCGUGCGGAUCGUGGUGUGCUUCGUGUCCAUGAUGGUGACGACGGCGGCGUGGGCGGUGGUGAUGCUGCUGCUCCUGCCGUGGCCGUGCGCCCGCAUCCGGCAGGGCAACCUCUACGGCCAUGUCACCGGCCGCAUGCUGAUGUGGAUUCUGGGGAAUCCAAUCAAGCUGGAAGGUUUGGAGAACCUGAAAACGAGGGGAAUAUUCAUCUGCAACCACGCGUCGCCGCUCGACAUCUUCCUCGUCAUGUGGCUGGCUCCGACUGGCACUGUCGGAAUCGCCAAAAAGGAGAUCAUCUGGUACCCACUGUUCGGGCAGCUGUACGUGCUGGCCAAUCACCUCCGCAUCGACCGCUCUAACCCAGCCGCUGCCAUCGAGUCAAUGAAAGAGGUUGCUCGUGCAGUUAACAAGAACAACCUGUCACUGAUCCUCUUCCCAGAGGGCACACGGUCCAAAACCGGAAGGCUACUCCCCUUCAAGAAGGGGUUCGUGCACACGGCGCUGCAGACGAGGUUGCCUGUCGUGCCGAUGGUGGUGACCGGCACGCACCUGGCGUGGAGGAAGAACAGCCUGAGGGUCAGGCCGGCGCCGCUCACCGUGAAGGUGCUGCCGCCGAUCAGGACGGACCGGUGGGAGGAGGAGAGGAUCGACGAGUACGUGGAGAUGGUGCACUCGCUGUACGCCGACAGCCUCCCGGACUCGCAGAAGCCGCUCGAGCCUGUGGCCACCGGGAAGAAGUCGAGCUAGGCUGGCUCGCAGUUCAUCUCACCGCACACGGUGACGACGGCCGUUGUUUCGGUGCACUCGCGCCUUGUGCUGAUUCUUGUGUAGAUUCGCGCGAGGGUGACGUACAUUGUUGAUCUGGGGAUGUGGAGAUGCAACAGAAGGUGAAAGGCGAUCGAUUUUCUGAGGACAUUGAUAAGCACCGAGUUCGUUGUUCUAUCUGGUGCCAACGCCGUCUUCAGCGGAAUAAUUAACUUUUUGCCACUCUUACAAAUAACACUAACAUAUUUGCCACUGGACCUAUGUGUCAUAGACACAUAAGGAUUUACAUGUUAUAGACAGCGGGUGG